AUGCUACCAGGAGAUAUCAAUCUAGAAUGGAAGGAUUAUCGAGAAAUUGUUCAGCCGGACAAAGCAAGUUUUUGGGUCAUGCUAGGAAGCUUGCUGUUAUUUAUUAUAUGGAUUGUUUUUAUAACGUACUACAUGUCUCGACUUAUUGGCCCAAUCGUGGCAUUUGUGCUUACGCGAAUUGCUCAUCUGAAAGGAUAUGAUGUGCAAAUAUCGAUGGGUUCAUUUUCCAUAAGUUUCCUUUCUGGCAAAAUAAUGUUCCGCGAUUUUCGUUGCAUGUGUCAAAACUUCUUAUUCUGUUGCAACGACGGAUGGAUUAUCUUUUCAUAUUGGAAUUACAUUCCAUCGGAUUAUGCACAUAAAAGUAAUAUUUCGAGACUGCAUAUAUCUUUAAAUGGCUUACAGCUGCAUAUCUAUAAUCGCUUAUCAAACUACCGAUCUUUAGCUAGAUAUUUUGGCCUUGAAAAAUUGUUUGUUCUGUUGAAAGAUGAAGCUGAUAUUAACAAAGCACGACGGUUUACAAAGUACGACGCAGAAGAAGAACUGGAAUGGGAAAAAUAUUAUGAUAAUUUGUGGUCUUUAAUUGGUUAUAUUAAACUAGAUAUCAGUUCGGGACGCCUGGUUGCUGGGAACUCACUUUUACCAUCAACAAUUGUUUCAUCUUUUGAAAACUAUACGUCAGAAAUAUCACUCAAAGAAUAUAGCAAAGGUGAUGAUGUAGCGCUGCUUAGCAUUAUUGGUGGCACGGAAAAUGUCCGUGUCACACUGGUACAAUGUGGUCAAUUUCUGGAAAAAAGAUCGCCAAAUUGUAAUGGUCGAUUUGAUCCACCACCUCGAACAAUGGGUGAUGGCUUCUCGAUUAUUCAGACGGCGCAUCUCAAUUUCUUCUACAGUCAGUCUGUUCUGGGUGUUGUGAAGGAAGGUCAACAGUCAAUGACUGAGGAUCUUCCCGUUUGGGAAUCUGUAUGGCGAUUCGAUAAAAAUACCAUAUUUUCAUAUGGCCCAUGGGCUGAUGCACAACGUGCUCUUCUCUAUGACUUUUUCUUCCCACCAGAAUAUCGUAAUUUGGAUGUAACAGUAAUGCCAAAAGAAGGUGAGCGACGAAUUUUGUUAUCGCAUGAUAUAAGAAUUUCAUUGUGGAAUGAUGCAGCGAUUGACAUAUGGUUUAUGAGAGGAGACGAACUGAAUGCUUUGCAUCUACGUGUAAAACAAGGAUCCUCUGUUGAUUUGAAAAUGCCUUGGAUAACAACAGAGAAAGGAUAUGAGACUGCCCUUCGUUGCUGUUUUUUGUUUGUUGAAUCGUCCACUUCUCUUGCAUAUCCCAAAUUUUUCCAAUGUGAAACUCUACGUUUAACACUUAACGUCCAUUAUCCCCGCGUCUUCAAUGGAUAUCAAGUAUGGAAAUGUGCCAUUAAAAUUAACAAAGCCAGCACUUGGGUUGUCUGGGAUCACAAACACUUCUUUGCUGAUUUGAUCAAUGAAUGGACUUCAAAUUCACUCAUGGAUUUGUAUAAAUUCGUUCCUUACACAUGGGAAUUCGAAAUUAAUGCUAUGGAUAGUUUUGAACUUACGCUAUUGCUGAAUGAACAUAACUGGGUUGAUGCCAGUUCUUCAAUGUCUGCGGAAAACCAUUUAGCUGCUAUUGUGGGCGAAAAUGUGACAAUAUCAUUCGUUUUACCAUUUGUUGACUUCUACCCUAAAACAGUAACAACUGUUUACAAAAUUAGCACGCAAGGUAUGGUUGCAUUACGCACAUGGUUACCACCUAAAAGUCCCCUCUACAGUGUCUUGCAUUCCCUAUUUAAAUAUGCUCAUUUCGCUGCUACUUCUCCGGCAGUCGAGGAUUUACCAGCUAUGUCACAUUUAGCCCAAGAUUGGGUAGAAUUGUGGAGAACUGAAAAGAUCAAACUGUUAUUCGAAUACACUAAUCAUCCGUUAUAUUAUGAUCCAUCAUCUGAUCUUCCGUUGAAUGUGAUUAAAUCAGCUGCAAAAAAGCAGGCAGCCCCAAUUACUUUAUCUCCGGAUCAGCUAUCACUUGAGAUCGAUAUAGGCGAUUCGGAAAUCAUAUUAGUAGGCCUGCUCAUCCGUUUCAUUAUUGAUCUGAAAAAUAAUUAUUUCGGAUUAUAUGAUCAGUUAACUGAUGUCGGAAAAAUUAACAUCGAUACGCCACCAAGCCCACUUUACGGCAACAGCAUUUCCGGUGAAUGUGAGCGAUACCGACCACUUUUGUUACGUCUCUACUUACGCGUUGGUAAAAUUAAAGGAUUUUGCUUGGUUCAUAAUUCAAAAAUGAAUUCAGCAAUGGAUAGCUGCCCAAAGGUUCGAGUUGAUGAAGUAGUUUUGGAAAUUAUUAAAGAUGCAUACGGUGCGAUGGUUCAGGUUGGUUUUGGGACGGCUUCGGUAAAAUUCAUACCGUCUUCCGAAUUUCCCAAUACUGCAACUGGUUUAUUGGUGCUGAAAACAUUUUCGUUUCGUGGCCAAGCCCUUUUUUCGGACUUAGAUGUUCCAUGGGAUGCCGCAACGCUUGAAUAUGGUUGGCUUAUGGAAAUUUGUGCUGGGCAGUUACUUGGUAAACUUCAUUCCUCCCAGAUUGCUAUACUUGUGCAGUGUAUCGAAUCGUUAGCGGUGCUGGCUGUUUGCUCCGAUGAUAAAUUAUUGGCACCUGAGAAAUAUGAUUUUUGCAUUCAUAUGAAUGACCCUCGUACAUGUACAUAUGCUGGAUUAAAUUUAGCUCAUCAAAAAACACCAAUUCAAAAUUGUGAAUCCGAAGAGAACUUAAAAUAUAAGUCAUUACGAAUCAGCAUUGAACAAGUAAAAGUAGCUAUUAUGGAAGAACGAAGUGCACUUCAAUUUGAAUUCUCACCAAUUCGUUUGGCUUACUGCAGUUGUCACAAUGCUUCAUUUCGCUCUAAUAUUCUUUUGAAACUUCCUUUGGUUCAAUUGAAACAAUUUGUGUCUGUUUUGGCAAAGGAUGUGGAAAAGUGGAUUGAAUGUGGGAGUUUUUUGCUGAAUAACAUGAGUUUCAACGUAUGUUUGCCUUACGAAAUAUCUGAGGCACAUCUGUUCUUGGAGCGAAAAAAUUUCCUUAAUAAACACGAUAAACACACCAAAAGACUUUAUUUUCUGUGGGAUGAUGCAAAUAGUUGCGCAUGCUUUGGUCAUACUUGGUUUUUUGCUGCUGUUGAUAGAGUUGGACAGUCACUGAUGCGCGAACUUAACAAACCUUCUUUAUGGGAAAGUAUUAGGAGUGAGGAGAAGAUCCAGCCUGUUAUUGGUCAAAGUAUUAUUCAUCAGGGUAGAUGGAUGUUCAGCACGAAAAAUCUAGUGGCGCACGAAAACCUUGCUGUUAUCGAAGAAAGUAGAAAAGAGGAAAUCGUAAGCGAAAGGAAAGUAUCCUCUAAUGAUUCUUUCCAUUCGGCAUUUUCGUCUACUUAUGUUAAUGUAUAUCACCAUAUGGUUGGCCCAAUACUCUCAUCAACAAUCCUUCAUGAAAAUUAUGCUUCAUUUUUAAGUGCUUACGAAAACGAAGUGACAGUUGAUAGUGAUUCGCAAUCGUUAAAAUCCAGCUUUUUCCGAAAGAAAACAUCUGGAAUCAGUGAGCUUACACUAAUAAAACAAGAAGAGAAGCAGAAGUUACCUGUGAAAAAUGAUGUUAUUGCUACUGAAUUACCUAUUGCUGCAAAUCUUUCCGACCAGCACAUGAUGAAGAUGAAUGGCAUUUUGGGUGAUCAGUUGCACAUCUUUAUAACACCGUUGGCUUUAGAGGUGACGCAGCGCAUUAUGGAGCAAAUAUCUGCUGGGUUUAUGAUUAUGAAUCCCGUUUUUAUCGUUCAACAUCUUUACACGUUGUGUUCCUUUCGACACCAUUCUCAACCUCUUACAAAUGCUCAAACUCGCGAGACAUAUAACAGAAAAGGUCAGUCGCGUUUGCAAGGUAACAUCAUGUUUCCUGACAUCAAUAUCGUUUCCUUCCAGUGUGGGAUGAUUGAAAAAACUAUCCACUCGGCAUCACUUGAAGAUUCUGUAUCUCAUCUGGCUCGAAGCAGUGUGAUUUUACUGCGUUUCCACAAGACCGUUUUAUUUCUUUCAAAUGAUGACUCCUGCACAAAGAAAAGCUUUCCGGGAAUGGAAUUUACCUUGAAAGGUCAUGCACAGUUUCUUCAGUUGGUCGAUUCAUGGAAAUUAGAUUUCGCCUACAACAAAUCUUUUUCCCCUAAAUAUUCUACAAACUGGAACCAGCUUAAUGUAAACAAUCGUUUCAGUGGAUAUGAUCUAAGAGUAGUUAUAGAUAGCGAACUUCCCGAUCUCACAUUAAAAGUAAAUAUCAGUGAAGUGAACAAUAAAUUAAACGCAUCAGGUGUGCAGGAUCAGCUGUGUUUGAUGAUCGGACCAUGUGGACUAACAGUUGGUUUAUGUAAACCGAUUGGGCAAACAACCAGCGUAGAAUGGCCUUUUUUCGAUGUUUUUGCACCUUGUGUAACUUCUUGGAUAUAUGCUAUUGAUCGGUUAAGCGGAAGUUUAACAAGAAACAUGGCAGCCGUAGAUGAAUGGAUAGAUUUUGCGUUAAUAAGAUUGCUAUUGGAAGUAAUGGAUUGCAGUAACGGUCAGCUGUUUGUAUUCGAAAAGAGUUGUUUUUCGGAUGUGCAACUGUAUAAUAAGGCUGCGGCUUCAUGUCCUAGUUGUAUGUUAACGACGAUUUUGUUACGUUAUACUGCUCAGGAAGAUCUUAGCAAUUACUGGCAAGAAGUGGAUUAUUCGGAAAUGAGGCAUUAUUUGGAUGAAACACGAAGAAAGCAAGCAUUCGUAGCUUUACUCAGCCACUGGCAAACUAUUAUUUGUUCACAAGUUAGGAUUUCAAACGAAUUGGCCCACAGAUAUCUUAAACAUCAUCUGAAAAGUACAGCAAGUUCACAAGAAGUUCGUAUAACUGUUGAUUCAAACAAUUUGAUAAAUGCUAUUGAUAAAAAUGGUGGUAGUGCCCGCUCAACUGUCGAGUCUCAUCAAAUGGACUUAUAUCACUGGGUUUUGGCUAAGCAUCGUGAACAAAAAGAAGCGGCAGCACGAAAUAGAACUGCCAAAAAGCUCUUGGAUGAUGCACCAAUAAAUCCCAUGGAAAUUGCUUUAUCUGCUUUCUUCUUUAGUUUUUAUGAGGCACGUGGACUUGAAUCUUCAAAAGCAAAUAUUCUGUUACCGGUGGCUAACAUUAAUGCUAAGUUUUCGGUUGAAUUAAUGUCUAUGAAGAUUGAUAUACUAGAACCGAAAAUGAUUUCUGCAUCAAACGUUAAUUACUUAUCAACAACGAGACACCACCUGUUAUAUCUGGAUUCAUUUGAUAUGAUGGGACAGAUUCAUACAGAACCGCGUUUUGAUGAACUCAAACUUCAGCCUAUAAAGAUUUCCAUAUUUUUGUCGUAUAGUUCAUCUGUACAAAACAUUCGUACGGUAUUUCCCUUUGUGGCUGUCUGUCUUUUCAAUGACCUUUCGCGUGUGACUCGUUCCUGCACGUCAGCUUUCGUAAAUUUGAAAAUGGCUAAAAUAUGUAGAGUACCAGAAGAAACGAUGCGCAUUUCGAAAUCCCCUUCAAAUUUCGCAGCUUCUGAGUUUGGUAUUACCAGUUCUGCAUCCUGGUUACAGAAAGUGAUUGAUAAACUGCAAGAUUAUUUGGGUUCUCGGGUCAGCGCUGUGCAGUUCAGUGAGGAGAUUUUAGAGAUGAAAGUGAGUGGCAAUAUGGAUAUUAAAGUUGCUGUUCUUGAAAUGACGCUUACUCACUUGUAUGUUUCAGCGACACUAAAAAGGACACGGCUUGAACAUAUGAAUCGACGGGAAAAGAUAACAGACAAUAAGAUAAUGGAUGAAUUAAAUGCAUCCAUUCAACGUGCUAACCUUAUUUUAUCUGAAUUUGUGAUGGGUCACGAUGCCAAACAUAUCGUUAGCUUUUCGGUGAAAACAAGCUCGUUAAAAUUCGAAAGGGAGAAGUAUAUUAAAGGGUCGGUGAGAAGUCGUAUUAAGGUAUUGAUUGGUGAUGUCGAAGGUGACACGCCUAUUCAUGCUCAGAAUCUUCAUGAAGUAGUCCUUAGGAAUGUUUCGCAGUUGAAUGAACAGAUAACUCGUCUGGAAUACAACGCUGCAACGCCCGUUGGUGAAUAUUCAGCUCAUUUGCAACAGCGACAGAGUGUAAUGGUUCUGAAUUUCGAACUUCUAAUAAGCAGUAUUGAAUUAUCUGCUCAAUUACUGCCCUCAUUGAAAGUCAAGUAUCGACUUGAUCAAGCGCAGAGUUGUGGGAAUACGGGAUCAGCAUCAAUAUUUACUGGUCGAAUUAAAAGCCAUGUUGUUCAUUUUACUGUCAUUGCUCCCAUUGACGAACGACGAACGUCCUCGUUGAAUUCGGAUACCUUUACGCUAGUUCUUCCUCACAUUUCUGCUGAAGGUGCAUAUCGUAUGCCGGAGAAAAUUGAAUCUAUGGAUAAAAUGGGGGAUGAAAAUUUGCUUUUCAGGGAAGGCGGAUACAUCGACGUAAUCUUGACAGUCGGUAAAUUAGAACAUAUAUUCACCACAGAUUUACUUAAUCAAAUUCUUUUUGCGGAACAAUGUUUCCGUACUGAACUGACAUCGCUAAUCAACAGAAUCAUUGACGACCGAGCAGUUCGUCCACGAGCACCUUCCGAGCAAAUCCCUUCGCUGGAUCCAUUCCUAUUCACUGUAACCCUACGUGGCGAGACAGCUCCUUGGCUUCAACUCACUGCCAGUACACCAACUUCAGUUGCAGUUCGAUUAACAUUCGAUAAUAUCACAGCUACCUUAACGAAUCGUUGGACACAAAGAGAGGUGAAGUCAGAAACGAAAAAAUUGUAUGGGAAAGCGGUAAUUGGUGUGAGUGCUAAACUUGGUGUUUUGGUUAAAACUGCCAUGUUUGAAGAAAUUGAAACUGAGCUACAAGAGUUUGCGACAUUUAUGACACAGAUAACCCUGCAAAAUAAAAGCAGCAGUGUGCCAUCUGCAUAUAGUUAUGUCGUGACGGUAAAUCGUCCUAUUUUUCUCAUUAAAUCGUCAGCAAUCGAUAAAGCGAUCUUGUUAUGGUUAAAUUACAAGAAUACUUACGACUUUUGGCAUGAGGAACGAAAUAAAAUGUUGAAAUCGACGCGACGUUCAUCUCUUGCGUCGACUUACGUUUCAACACCCCUAAAUGCAGAAACAGGAGUGAAUGUAAGUUUGUCGUUGAAAGUAACCAACGGUAUCUACGUUUGUAUGCCCUUAUAUAGUGCAAAUUUGAGUGAAAACCUCUCUGCACUACUUAUUUCGUUGCAAAGUACGGAUAUCAGUGUUUGUGUGAAGAAGGAAUUGGCCUGUCAAGCAACAUUUCAUAAAUUUAAAGUCAAAUUUAUUGACAAUUUCGAUGAUCAGACUCUGAAUGAUACUUGGAUUGAGGAAGAACCUGGUGAUCCUUCGCGUUCAAAUUAUUUCUAUUUUCCUCAAGGUACUUACGAGCUUGUUUCACGUGCAACGGCUGCUUCUGACUCAUCCGAGAAUGCCAAGUGGACUUUAUCAAUAAAAUGGCAAAUGUGUGGGAUGGUCAUUGACCUUGAUCAACGCAUCGGCAAGCAUGCGUCACUUCUAAUUAGUACUUUCUCAUCACUUACGUCCGAUGUUAAUGAAGACUGGGAGGAAUUGGCAAAUGAAUCAUCAGUUGUUUAUGGUGACGAGGAUGAACAAGAUGCUGAGAUUGAUGCUACUGGUGAGCUUGGAAGUCUUGCUCAACCUGAAGAACGAAUUCAGUGGUUGGAGCGAAAAAUGCAUGAACAAUCGGUUUUGGUCACAGAUUUGAUGCAAUGUGGAGCAUCGGAGCCAGCUAUCGAAAAGGAGAGGCGGACGUUGCGUAAAUUGGAGUCAGCUCGGUUUAGACAAUUUAGGAAAUCAAUAAUUGAAAAGCUGAAACGUAAUGCUAUUCGUCAACGGAAGAAGUUAAUGGAACCAAAAAAGUCUGUCGGAAUUCAUGAAACAAAAAAAUUCAAUACAUUAUCAUCUGAACAGUCGGACGAUCCAUCACAUAUCUCCUCUGAUACGGCAAAGAAAAAUGUGUCGUUGGGUUUGCAACUCAGUGGAUUACCUAAAAGUUCAGAAAGGGGAUCAGCAAGCGGACGUCCAUCAGAGAGUAAUGUUCUGGCAAGUACGGUUAAUAUGAAUAUCGAUGUACAGGUGGGUAUCGAGUCUGGUUUGUGUACCUUGCGCGCGUUUGGUAAACCAGAAGAAAGUACAGGUCUGCCAUUGAAACGACCGUCUAUGCGAGAUUUAAAGUCGAAAAUGACACAAUCAAGUGAAUCUGUAGCAGUUACAAAACUUGCAAUUCCAAGUGUUGAUGUCAGAGCUUUUUAUACAUCGCUUGAUACAGGUCAAAUGCACAAACAAAUAUCACGUCAUGUCCCAGCUACGUUUUCGCAUAAAUAUGGGCGAUCCGGUCAUUGGCGUCGACCAGCCUUUUAUCUUGCAGUCGAGUUGGCGAGCAUGCCACAGGAGUCACUAAUAACGCCACAUCUUGCCGAUUUCCUUGAACAAAUGUUUGCAGCAAUUCCUGAAAAUAAUGUAAAUUCAUCAUUAGAUCUUUCAAACAUGAAUCAAAGUGAAAUGACUGACUCUGAUGUAUCGAUUGUCGAAAUGGAUACGUCUGUGAUUCCACUUGAUGUUUUAUUCCAUUUGACAGUGCAAUCUUCUGCAAUUCGAUUUGAAGGUCAGCAACAGCGUACGGCUGCAGCUGACUGUUUGCUAAAGCUUCCAUCACUUACGCUGAUGGCAUCAACAAGGCCGCACUGUGAAGGAGCAUCUGGUAAUGUUGGUGAUAUAGCUAGAGGUGGAAUACAUGUUGCUGCAACAUUAAGUGCUUUCUCGUUAAAUAUUUAUAGCCCACAUCAGCGUUCUACAGCGCAAGAUGCUCUUCUGUUAACACUAGAUCAUUUAUCAAUCUUAGCUUCGAGAAGUACAAACAGUCGUUUAGAAUCGGACAAUAAAGUUCAGUUCGUAUUAACUGCAAAUAUUGGAUCAGCUAACUUUAAUUAUGAUAUGCGUCGCCUUGCGGAGCUGAUUUCCUUUCCGAAACCGUGGUAUCGACAUACUAUUGUACGUAGGUUAUUCUUUGGAAACCAUUCUGUAAAAAAUCCAGCUUAUAAUCCCGAGAUUUCGCUUAUGACGAGUCACGCAUCAUCAAGACUACUUUCUAAUAAUGACUGUAGAGUUACAUCAACAGAAGAAAUCUUGAAUAAAAAGGAAUGGAGCGCUGCUGUAAUAUGUGGUGUAGAAUGGAAAGAGCUCAAUAUCAGUGCACAAAUGGCUAAUACUAUGGGAAAUACGAAGUUGAUUUUACGUGAAGGUGUUUUGCGUGGUUAUUGUCAGCUUAAUUCAAAGCAAGAUAGAGCAAUUUCCAUCAACUUCGGUUUAAAAUCAGCUGUAUUAUCAGCCUAUGGGGGUGCAAUAUCAGGCGAAAUUGCAAUCACAUCUUUAUACAUUGCAUGCAAAAACCAGACAACUGCUUUGAAGCCACCUCGAAAUUAUGCAAAGUUGGAGUUAAAAGAAAUUCAAAGUCGAAUUGAGUGGAUGAGUCGACCAAUAUUCAUUGCAAAAUGCGAAAAGCCAUCAGUCACUUUUUUGGAUGAGUGGAUAUCUCUUUUCGACGAUGCAGGCGAGAUUCUCAAAGCAUCCGUAGCUGUCAACAUUACUUGUUCUUGGUCAGAUUUACAACUUAUUAUAACAAAAGUGACUGUGGAUGAUCUCAUAAAGAUCGCUCAAAAAUUACAAUCAUUUUUCCAGGAGCAGCUAACGAAUAGUCGAAUGGUAUGGGGUAUUAGAAGCUCUAUGGUAAUGAAUGGAAGUUCUCCGAAAAUUGAUGGGAAGAAUUUUAUAAAUUUUACCAAAUAUCAUCAUUGGCAACCAGUGCUCGAUAUGCUAACACAUAUUCAAUCACGACAAAAGCUUUUACCAAUGCCGAAAACAUCUGAUGGAAUGACCAUUGUGGGUGGCGUAUUGGAACUUUCCGGACAAAGUUUAUCUUUAGCUUGUAUGCAUGGAGAAAUGAAUGCCAGUAGCUGGGCACUGUUUCAUAUGCGGCAACCAACGAUCAUAUUUGAACCAGAAGCUCGUUACAUCUUUGUUACUGAUAAUCGAGAUGUGGGUAUAUCAGUUACUCAACGCCUUAACAUUAGACUCGGUGAUACGGCAUAUCAACGUGGCGACACCGAAUGUAUGGCUGUUGUAUGUCGUGUUCAGCAAAGUAGGGGAAGUAUGGUACGACAAAUGAGCUCAGUAUUGGCAUGCCUUCAUCAUGUUAUUGGUGAUGUACUUAUGCGGCUGAAAUACAUUCCUUCAAAUUUGAAUCAGCCAGCUACACAUCAUUCUGUACUUCAGUUAUUUCAAUUCCCUGCACUGGAUGCCGUCUUGUCGACGUUGCAGAAACAAGGGAUAGAAGUUGAUGAAGAGCCUCUCGUACCUGAAGUACAUAGUUCUUUCAUUUGUGAAUUCCAUGAUUCAGUGAAUGUUCAAACGGACUUCAGCGCACAAGUCAGUUUUUUGCCCGAGCUGAUCAAUACAUACAUGAAAACAAAGACAGAAGAAGAAAAAGCUGUUGAUGUAAAUCGUGAUUUCCGUCGAUUCAUCUGUGAACGAUGGGUGGUAGAUCCGAAAAUUUGCUUCAUUGAUCGUUUUAAGUGGAAUCCUCCUGUUAUCGAUGAAAUCUUGCGUAAACUGCAGAUUUUUGACCAUCGAACAACGAUACCGAAAGCAUUACAGCGUGGACUUCUUGAUCCAUGUGAUGCUUUUUUAGCUCAAAUUGAAUCAUUUAUUUUGCUGAUUGCUAGCAAGUCAUCUAAAAGAACACCUUAUUAAAGACUGCUUUUCAACGGUUUUGGAAGCGUUAUGACAUUUUAUAGGUUUUAAUUUAUUGUAAUUGGAUGGUUGGGG